CCGGCGAGGAUAUCAUGCGGGAUGCGAUGGGGGUGUGGAGACGCUUGCAGAAUUUCAGCCCAAGCUUCUAGAGGGUGCUGAUGACUUGCAUAUGAGGGCAGCAAUGCAAGUCGGUGUACUCCUCAUUCUGUGGGACGUGACCUGGUUGCUUCACAGCUCCGAGAUGACACAGACUUGCUUAAAGGAAGUGACUAUUGUGACUUGGGCAUCACUUGACUGAUGGUAAUCAGUUGCCUAAAGAAGUGCACAGAUUACAUGUCCGUGUCCACAUUGGGUCGAUCUGGCCGGGAUGAACACCACCAGGCUUUGUAUUCAGAAACAGGAGGGAGGUCCUGCACUUUCCCAGGAGGGGUGGCCCUUUCAGAUGCAAUCGAGAAUGUUAGGCUCUGGGAGAGUAGUUGCCUGGUUGUGACAGUUGGUAAUUUCCUAUUCAAACUGUUGCCAUGCACCAGUUUUUCACAACAAGGGUACAUAAUCUGUCUGGCAUUACUUCUACUUUGUACAAAGGAUCAAAAAAAAAAAAAAAGAUACUGUUAGAUGUGAUUUUUCUCAGACUUUAGGAAACUUUUAACAUAAUCUGUGAAUAUCACAGAAGCAAGACUAUCAUAUAGGGGAUAUUAAUAACCUGGAGUCAGAAUACUUGAAAUACGGUGUCAUUUGACACGGGCACUGUUGUCACCACCUCUGCCAAGCCCUGUCACUUUAGGAAAACCCUGAAUCGGUUGGAAACUGCUUCAUGCUGGUAGUACAUCUGAAGCAAAAACGAGAGUAAUUACCACAUUCCAGAUUGUUCACUAAGCCAGCAUUUAUCUGCUCCAGGAAAAAAUUACAAGCAACUUAUGAAGUUGAUAAAAUAUUUUGUUUGGCUAUGUUGGCACUCCAAAAUUUGCUUUCAGAGAAACAAAGUAAACCAAGGAGGACUUCUGUUUUUCAAGUCUGCGCUUGGGUUCUAUUCUACGUUAAUUAGGUAGUUCCCAGGAGGACUAGGUUAGCCUACCUAUUGUCUGAGAAACUUGGAACUGUGAGAAAUGGCCAGAUAGUGAUAUGAACUUCACCUUCCAGUCUUUCCUGAUGUUGAAGAUUGAGAAAGUGUUGUGAACUUUCUGGUACUGUAAACAGUUCACUGUCCUUGAACUGGGCAGCUCCUGUUGUGGAAAGUGGACGGUUUAGGAUCCUGCUUCUCUUUGAGCUGGGAGAAAAUAAACAGCAUGAUUACAAGUAUUGAGAGCCAGGUUGGAGAAGGUGGCUUACACCUGUAAUGCCAGAGCUGUGGGAGGCGGAGGCAAGAGGAUCACUUGAAGCCAGGAGUUCAAGCUCAACCUGGGCAACGUAGACCUUGUCUGUACAAAAAAUUAAAAAACUUAGCCGGGCGUGGUGAUGUGCACCUGUAGUCCUAGCUACUUGGGAGGCUGAGGCAGGAGGGUCAUUUGAGCCCAAGAGUUUGAAGUUACAGGGAGCUAUGAUCCUGCCAGUGCAUUCCAGCCUGGAUGACAAAACGAGACCCUGUCUCUAAAAAACAAGAAGUGAGGGCUUUAUGAUCGUAGAAUUUUCACUACAAUAGCAGUGGACCAACCCCUUUUCUAAAUACCAAUCAGGGAAGAGAUGGUUGAUUUUUUAACAAACGUUUGAAGAAAAAGCAAAACCUCAAACUUAGCACUCUACUAGCAGUUUUAGCAGAUGUUAAUUAAUGUAAUCAUGUCUGCAUAUAUGGGAUUAUUUCCAGAAAGUGUAUUGGGAAACCUCUCAUGAACCCUGUGAGCAAGCCACUGUCUUGCUCAAUUUGAAUCUUGGCUUCCCUCAAAAGACGCUAAUGUUUGGUAACUCUCUGGAGUGGACAGCACUACAUAUAUCUCCGGAGCAUUUGGAUAAUGUGACAGUUGGAAUGCAGUGAUGUCGACUCUUUGCCCACCACCGUCUCCAGCUGUUGCCAAGACAGAGAUUGCUUUAAGUGGCGAAUCACCUUUAUUAGCAGCUACUUUUGCUUACUGGGACAAUAUUCUUGGUCCUAGAGUAAGGCACAUCUGGGCUCCAAAGACAGAACAGUUACUUCUCAGUGAUGGAGAAAUAACUUUUCUUGCCAACCACACUCUAAAUGGAGAAAUCCUUCGAAAUGCAGAGAGUGGUGCUAUAGAUGUAAAGUUUUUUGUCUUGUCUGAAAAGGGAGUGAUUAUUGUUUCAUUAAUCUUUGAUGGAAACUGGAAUGGGGAUCGCAGCACAUAUGGACUAUCAAUUAUACUUCCACAGACAGAACUUAGUUUCUACCUCCCACUUCAUAGAGUGUGUGUUGAUAGAUUAACACAUAUAAUCCGGAAAGGAAGAAUAUGGAUGCAUAAGGAAAGACAAGAAAAUGUCCAGAAGAUUAUCUUAGAAGGCACAGAGAGAACGGAAGAUCAGGGUCAGAGUAUUAUUCCAAUGCUUACUGGAGAAGUGAUUCCUGUAAUGGAACUGCUUUCAUCUAUGAAAUCACACAGUGUUCCUGAAGAAAUAGAUAUAGCUGAUACAGUACUCAAUGAUGAUGAUAUUGGUGACAGUUGUCAUGAAGGCUUUCUUCUCAAUGCCAUCAGCUCACACUUGCAAACCUGUGGCUGUUCCGUUGUAGUAGGUAGCAGUGCAGAUAAAGUAAAUAAGAUAGUCAGAACAUUAUGCCUUUUUCUGACUCCAGCAGAGAGAAAAUGCUCCAGGUUAUGUGAAGCAGAAUCAUCAUUUAAAUAUGAGUCAGGGCUCUUUGUACAAGGCCUGCUAAAGGAUUCAACUGGAAGCUUUGUGCUGCCUUUCCGGCAAGUCAUGUACGCUCCAUAUCCCACCACACACAUAGAUGUGGAUGUCAAUACUGUGAAGCAGAUGCCACCCUGUCAUGAACAUAUUUAUAAUCAGCGUAGAUACAUGAGAUCCGAGCUGACAGCCUUCUGGAGAGCCACUUCAGAAGAAGACAUGGCUCAGGAUACGAUCAUCUACACUGACGAAAGCUUUACUCCUGAUUUGAAUAUUUUUCAAGAUGUCUUACACAGAGACACUCUAGUGAAAGCCUUCCUGGAUCAGGUCUUUCAGCUGAAACCUGGUUUAUCUCUCAGGAGUACUUUCCUUGCACAGUUUCUACUUGUCCUUCACAGAAAAGCCUUGACACUAAUAAAAUACAUAGAAGACGAUACGCAGAAGGGAAAAAAGCCCUUUAAAUCUCUUCGGAACCUGAAGAUAGACCUUGAUUUAACAGCAGAGGGCGAUCUUAACAUAAUAAUGGCUCUGGCUGAGAAAAUUAAACCAGGCCUACACUCUUUUAUCUUUGGAAGACCUUUCUACACUAGUGUGCAAGAACGAGAUGUUCUAAUGACUUUUUAAAUGUGUAACUUAAUAAGCCUAUUCCAUCACAAUCAUGAUCGCUGCUAAAGUAGCUCAGUGGUGUGGGGAAACGUUCCCCUGGAUCAUACUCCAGGGUUCUGCUCUCAGCAAUUGCAGUUAAGUAAGUUACACUACAGUUCUCACAAGAGUCUGUGAGGGGAUGUCAGGUGCAUCAUUACAUUGGAUGUCUCUUUUCCUAGAUUUAUGCUUUUGGGAUACAGACCUAUGUUUACAAUAUAAUAAAUAUUAUUGCUGUCUUUUAAAGAUAUAAUAAUAGGAUGUAAACUUGACCACAACUACUGUUUUUUUGAAAUACAUGAUUCAUGGUUUACAUGUGUCAAGGUGAAAUCUGAGUUGACUUUUACAGAUAGUUGACUUUCUAUCUUUUGGCAUUCUUUGGUGUGUAGAAUUACUGUACUACUUCUGCAGUCAACUGAAAACUAGAGCCUUUAAAUGAUUUCAGUUCCACAGAAAGAAAGUGAGCUUGAACAUAGGAUGAGCUUUAGAAAGAAAAUUGAUCAAGCAGAUGUUUAAUUGGAAUUGAUUAUUAGAUCCUACUUUGUGGAUUUAGUCCCCGGGAUUCAGUCUGUAGAAAUGUCUAAUAGUUCUCUAUAGUCCCUGUUCCUGGUGAACCACAGUUAGGGUGUUUUGUUUGUUUUAUUGUUCUUGCUAUUGUUGAUAUUCUAUGUAGUUGAGCUCUGUAAAAGGAAAUUGUAUUUUAUGUUUUAGUAGUUGUUGCCAACUUUUUAAAUUAAUUUUCAUUAUUUUUGAGCCAAAUUGAAAUGUGCACCUCCUGUGCCUUUUUUCUCCUUGGAAAAUCUAAUUACUUGGAACAGGUUCAGAUUUCACUGGUCAGUCAUUUUCAUCUUGUUUUCUUCUUGCUAAGUCUUACCAUGUACCUGCUUUGGCAAUCAUUGUAACUCUGAGAUUAUAAAAUGCAUUAGAGAAUAUACUAACUAAUAAGAUCUUUUUUUCAGAAACAGAAAAUAGUUCCUUGAGUACUUCCUUCUUACAUUUCUGCCUAUGUUUUUGAAGUUGUUGCUAUUUGCCUGUAAUAGGCUAUAAGGAAUAGCAGGAGAAAUUUUACUGAAGUGCUGUUUUUCUAGGUGCUACUUUGGCAGAGCUAAGUUGUCUGUUUCUUUUGUUUCCUUAAUGCGUUUGGACCAUUUUGCUGGCUAUAAAAUAACUGAUUAAUAUAAUUCUAACACAAUAUUGACAUUGUAGUUACACAAACACAAAUAAAUAUUUUAUUUAAAAUUCUGGAAGUAACAUAAAAGGGAAAAUAUAUUUAUAAGAAAGGGAUAAAGGUAAUAGAGCCCUUCUGACCCCCACCUACCAAAUUUACACAACAAAAUGACAUGUUCUAAUGUGAAAGGUCGUAAUAGCUUUCCCAUCAUGAAUCAGAAAGAUGUGGACAGCUUGAUUUUUUAGACAACCACUGAACUAGAUGACUGUUGUACUGUAGCUCAGUCAUUUAAAAAAUAUAUAAAUACUACCUUGUAGUGUCCCAUACUAUGUUUUUUACAUGGUAGAUUCUUAUUUAAGUGCUAACUGGUUAUUUUCUUUGGCUGGUUUAUUGUACUGUUAUACAGAAUGUAAGUUGUACAGUGAAAUAAGUUAUUAAAGCAUGUGUAAACAUUGUUAUAUAUCUUUUCUCCUAAAUGGAGAAUUUUGAAUAAAAUAUAUUUGAAAUUUU